AUGAACUGUUGCAAGAACCGUUCCUUAAGCUCUAUUGGCACGCGAGCUGGUGAAAUGGGUGCUGAACCGUUGCAGAUCAUUGGAUUUCCGGCAAACUUCAAGUUCACAAAGUCAAAGAAGUUCCAAGCACCUGUUAAGAGCAAUGCAACAUAUUCUGUGAGUGAAGCAGGAGAGCAAAGCAUUGUUGAUGGAAUUAAUGGAAAUCAACAACCCACACAAGAUCAAGUUUCUCAGCUAGUUCAACUUGUUCAACAGGUGAAGGGUGGUCAGACAGUAUCUUCAAGCUCAGAUGUUGUCGCGAAUGUUGCCAACUGUGCAGUAAAGAAAGGAUGGGGAAUAUCACAGCUAGAUGUAAACAAUGCUUUCUUACAUGGGGAAUUACAGGAAGAGAAAUCAGCAGAUUCAAUUUCAAUCAUAGCAGUAUACGUUGAUGAAAUACUACUUACAGGAAAUAACAAAGAAGAACUUCAUCAAUUGAAAAAAUUUCUUCACAAGGAAUUUCAGAUCAAGGACCUAGGUAACUUACACUAUUUUUUAGGUCUGGAGACCCUUCAUGAGCCACAGGGUUUAGUCAUCAGCCAACGAAAGUUCACUUUGGAAGUUCUUAAUGAAUUUGACUGUAGUAGUUUGCCCUCUCUUACAUCUCCGGUGGAUCCUUCAUGCAAGCUUAGUAGUGAAUCUGGUGACCUUCUUUCUGAUCCAACUGUCUAUCGCCGACUCCUGGGCAAGUUAAACUAUCUCACUCACACAAGACCAGACCUUUCUUAUCCGGUACAACACCUCAGUCAAUUCAUGCAGCAGCUCCGGAUGCCUCAUUUUAAUGCUGCCCUACGAGUGAUUCGAUAUCUCAGAACCAACCCCGGACAAGGUAUUUUCAUGUCCUCUGAUCCCUCCUUCAAACUACUUGCAGUUUGCAAUGCGGAUUGGGGAUCUUGUGUUUAUUCACACGGAUCUAUCAGUGGUUAUUUUAUCACUCUCGACUGA